AAGCAUACCCUCUUCUUCAGUUGUCAAUAUGCCUGCCACCAAAGACGUUGAUAUUGGAGACUCCCAGGAAACUAUUGCAAUGGAAGACAUCAACAAGCUGAUCGAGGAAGACCCACUUUUUGCACUUAAGAAGCUUCUUACUGGAGUGCAAAGUUAUUCCAUUAGAACUUCACUUCAAGAGUUGAAGAUUUUGAUGGACUCUUCAUCAGACCUUGACCAUCUUCUAUCUAACCAAGAUUCCAUAUUGAAUUUGCUUUCACUUCUUCGCCGAUUGAAUCAGCAUCAACGACUCUUACCUUCGAAUGUGAAGGAGUUUGUUGAGAAAGUGCAGAACUUCUUCAAUGACAACAUUAUGAGACACACCACUUCUCAACAACUACUCAAGAAGCACAAUCAACUUCUUGAUUUGGAAACCGAGCUGAGGAACAAACUUAAGAGUGCAACUAGCACACAAACCCACAUUGACAGUGAAUCUUCAACUGCCAAUGCUCAGAUACAUGAUCUCUCUUUACAAAUUGAUGAUUUGAAGUCAGUAGUGAACAAAUGUGAUGUUCAGAAGCAGAAGUUGAAGGCUGAAUGCACUGAAUGGGCACUGCAAAGCAAAGAGUUACUCUCUGCACUUGCGUCAACGGAGAUCGAUGUCAUAGAAGCUGACCGUAUGAGGAAUUUGGCAACAGAAGGCUUUGCUAAUUUAAAAUCUUCCUUUCCUACAAUUUAGGAAGAACUAGAUAUAUACCUGCACACAAAAAUAAGUUGGGGCGUUGUAAUUAUUGUUUUUCUUAAUGCCGUGUUUUUUUUGUACGCCUAGUGCUGCACUCUUUUUUCCUUCACCUGGUUUUAUCCCAUUGGGUUUUACAGGUAAGGUUUUUAAUGAGGCAGUUGUAUCACA